AUGGCUUCAGAAAAUGGUUCCAGUCGUCCACCGUCUGGAUGUGUUUCAAUUCCGGUAGAAAUUAUUCGUGAACCUAAGUCAACUAAUUCAGGAUCUCAUUCACGACAUAAUUCUCCAUUUCGAACACUGCAUAAUGAUAAUCCAUAUGGUGGAUAUUCAGGUUCUCCAUCAUGGACAUCUAAUUCACCUAGUCGUUUUGCACCACGUCAAAGUCCAAAUACUGCAUAUGAUCGUAUGAAUACAAAUUCACAAUUUAAUCAACCAUUCAAUGAUUAUCCAUCUUAUCAACAAUAUCAAGGGCCACAAUAUCAAGAGCCACAAUAUCAAGAGCCACAAUAUCAAGAGCCACAAUAUCAAGAGCCACAAUAUCAACGUCCACAACAACGAAUGUAUGAAUCAGGUCCAUUGCAUUUUAGUCGUUCAAGUGAAGAUCUUCUUUCAUCACCAUUUGAUUCAAUGCGUUAUAAUACUCAACCCCAAUAUACUUCAUUAAUACCACCUACAUUUGGUAGUGGUUUUCGUACGGAUUCUGAUUUUGUUCAACCAAACUUAUAUACAAGUCCUCUACGUCGAUCAUUUGAUGCUCUUAAUGAUUUUCCAGAUAUGUAUCAAAGUUUUCCAACGACACGACAAUAUCCAUUCGAACAGCAACAACAACAACAAAAACAACAACAACAACAACAACCACAACAACAACCACAACAACAACAACAACAACAACAACAACAGCAACAACCCUAUUAUCGAUCAACAUUUCAAACGCAACAUCAACCUCAAUCUCAACAACAACAACAACAACCAACUUAUGUUAAUCAAGCUUAUGUUAAUCCAAAUAUUAUUUACACAAAUGAAUAUGGUACACCAAUGGAUCAUCAUAAACCAAAUACUUCUCAAGGAAGUGCAAACAAUGCUACUAAUGAACGUGCUCGUUCACCAGCCACUCAGCGAGGUGCAUCACCAGCUAAAUCUGCACCAACUACAACACAACAACAACAAGAAGAACCUGAAUUGAAAAUGGCUAAAGACACAGACGGUCCUAUUCCAAUGCCAGCACCGUCUUUUUCUUCUUCUACAUCAACACAACCAACUGAUCCACAAGCUUCAUCAACUGAUACUGCAAUAUCAACUAAUGUUCCAUCUCCACCACCACCACCGCCACAACCUGUGCGUGAUCCUAAUGUAAUAGCAUUAGAAAAACUCGAACAAAUUAAGCAAAGUUUGGAUAAUCUUGAGAAACAAGUUGAUAUUUUUACUGGCUCAACUCGGGAUGAUCGUCAAUAUAAAGUACUUGAUGAACAAGCAUUAAAAAUAAUGAUACGUUGCGAUGAACUAGUCGAUGUUAGUGCUGAUAUAAAAGAAAAACGAAAAGAAAUGAUACGCAAUGUACAAAAAGUAAUUGGUAAACUUGAAUCGAAAGUACCAGGAACUCCUGCUGUUGAACAAAAUAAUAAUCUCAUGAAAACAGAAACUACUUCUACUAAUGAAUCAGUCGUCAAUAAUGACAUUAAUAAUAAUAAUAAUCAAGAAAAUAUUGAAAAGACAUCUUCACCAUCUUCAAGUCCACCAAAAGAAAAGAUCGCUGUUCCAAUACAAAUAGCAACAGCAACAGAACAAUCCACAUCAACUUCAUCGGUUUUUGCUAGUUCACUUAAACAUACAAAUCGUAAAUUCGAUAAAACAAUAACUAAUCGAAAAAGUAAAGGUGCAACAUUUGGAAAUGACUUAGAUAUAGAUGAUGAUGGAAUACCUCAAUUUAAUUCAGACGAAUCUCGAUUACGUUCGAUAUUACUUGAAAGUUAUGUGCCUGAAGCUCGACCCGUUAUUAAUACAACAACAGUAACUAUUGUUGAUGUUGGUCUUACCAUCAUUCAAGUGAUGAAUUUAGAUGAACAAAAUCAAGUAAUGACAACAAAUGUUCAAGUGACAUUAAAAUGGCAAGACGAACAUUUACGAUGGUCGCCAAGUGAAUAUAAUGAUCAAAAUCGUACCGUUUUUUCUGCACUUGAAAUUUGGACACCUGACAUUGUUCUGUUCAAUUCAGCUGAUGUUGCUUAUUCUCAACGACGUGAACAUUAUUUAUUAACUGUUCAUUCGAAUGGUACAGUUGAAUGGGUCUAUCCUGAUGUAUUUCGAUCUUAUUGUGAUGUUGUUAUAACAUAUUUUCCAUUCGAUAAACAAAAUUGUACACUUGAAAUUCAAUCAUGGUCACGUCCAUCUGAUGAAUUAUUAGUUCGACAUCAACCACAAAAUGUUCGUCAACAAAGUCAAUAUAUUCGCACAGAAUGGCAAGUUUAUGAAAUAGUUGUACGCAAUGCUACAAUGAAUCGUUAUUUAUGGCUUGUAUUUCAUAUAAAUAUGAAACGUAAUUAUCAAUUCUAUGUUAAUCAUAUGAUAUUUCCAUUUUCAAUCUUAUCUUGCUUAACAUUAUUUGUCUUUUGGCUUCCACCAGAUUCGGGUGAAAAAAUUACUUUAACCAUUACAAUUCUUCUUGCUUUGACAGUUUUUCUUCAACUUAUUUCCGAUUAUACACCAAAAGCUUCUUCGAAUCUUCCGAUUAUUGGUAUAUAUUUUAAUGUCAAUUUAAUAUUGGUGCUUAUAUCUGUCGUUCUUACAGUUGUCGUACUUAAUUUUCAUUAUCGUGGACCGAAAAAAUCACGUGUACCUCGUUGGUGUCGUCGUAUAGUAAUGGGUAAAAUCGGUCAUUGGCUUGGUUUUCAUUUUAUUAGUCAUGAGCAAUUGCUUUCUCCAUCAACUUCUACUAAAUCUUUUGCACGACGUGCUACUCAUCGAGAUAAUUCAAAUGGUGACAUUAGUCGAAUUGAUAAACAUAGUAAAGUCAAAUUACCUCUUCUUUCAAAAACAACAACAACCACAACAACAGCAAAAACAGCUAUUGAUGAUCAUGAGAAAGAUGACGUGACUCCUACAUCAAUUCAACAACAUUCAUUAACACAUAAUAUUGAACAAAUAUUACUUAAAAUGCAAACACAAUUUGAUCCAAAUACAAUUGAUGAUGAACAGUUAAAAGUUUCUAUAUUACGUGAAAUACUUGAAUGUCAGCGUUUACUUUUAGCCAUACAUGCAAGGAAACAAAAUAUUCAUUCACAAUUAUUAUAUGAUAUAUAUGAAGAAUGGAAAAUUUUAGCUAUUAUUGUUGAUCGACUUUGUUUUAUAUUUUAUCUUAUUAGUAUGCUUGCUGCAUCAAUUAUUUUCUUUGUACGAGAACCAAUUUUGAGACGAAAUGGAUAA